UUGCAGGGGCCGAGGGAGAAUACAUCAAAGUGAUGUCAUUCAUGACUCCGAGAUGGUUACCAUGGCAACUAUCAGACAUAUUACGAUGUCAGUAGGGUAAGAACCUGUUUAGUCUUCAAUCAAGGGUUUCCUCGGGCGUUAACCACUGCCUGCAGAGUGUGGACUGGCAGAAAAACCCUCGGGCCCCCCAGCACCAACGCUCCUUAAACCAAGCCCCACAAAGAAGUCACUUCGGCGAUGGGAACGCGGCUUUGCGGCUUCCUGGGCUGCUAAGGUGAAGGACGCCCGCCCUCCCCAGAACUCGAGAGCUUAUUGGUUGGUGAUGUCGUCACUCAGAGUGACAUCAGGGGCAAGGAAAGAGGCGGAGCCGUAGAGACUUGGCUUCUGGCCCUUCUAGCUUGGGGGUCCGGGGAAGGAACUGGGAGGACCUAGGUUGCCGUUCCGCGGAGCCCGGCCGAGGAGGUCCCUAUGUUAACUACUUGAGACAAAAAUAAAUAUGGCCUUCUACAGUUAUAAUUCAGUCUUAGCUAUUGCUCGAACAAGAUUCCCUAGCCAUUUUGUCCAUCCUACCUGCUCUUCUUAUUCCCCAUCAUGUGCAUUUCUUCACUUGCCAGAUUCCCAUUUAAAUAAGACAUGUAUGAAGAACUAUGAGAGCAAGAAGUACUCGGAUCCCAGUCAGCCAGGCAAUACAGUACUUCACCCAGGAACUAGACUAAUACAAAAGCUACACACAUCCACUUGCUGGCUGCGAGAGGUUCCUGGCAAACCUCAGCUGGAGCAAGCCCCAAAACAUCCACAGGUGACGAGCCCUCAGGCCACAAAAGAAACUGGCACGAAGAUUAAAGAAGGCGAACAAUCUUAUAGACAAAAAAUCAUGGAUGAACUUAAAUAUUUUUACAAUGGAUUCUACUUACUUUGGAUUGAUGCCAAAGUUGCUGCCAGAAUGGUUUGGAGGCUGUUGCAUGGACAGGUCCUAACCAGACGAGAGAGACGAAGGCUGUUGAGAACUUGUGUUGAUUUCUUCCGCCUGGUUCCAUUUAUGGUGUUCAUAAUUGUACCCUUCAUGGAAUUCUUAUUACCAGUGUUUCUGAAACUCUUCCCAGAGAUGUUGCCAUCAACUUUUGAAAGUGAAUCCAAAAAGGAAGAAAAACAGAAAAAGAAAAUGGCUGUAAAGUUGGAACUAGCAAAAUUUCUUCAAGAAACCAUGACAGAAAUGGCAAGGAGGAACAGAGCGAAGAUGGGCGAUGCCUCUACACAGCUGUCAUCCUACGUGAAGCAGGUCCAGACAGGCCACAAGCCCAGCACAAAGGAGAUAGUUCGCUUCUCCAAACUAUUUGAGGACCAGCUGGCCCUGGAACACUUAGAUCGCCCUCAGCUGGUUGCCCUUUGCAAACUGCUAGAAAUGCAGACGUUUGGAACCAACAACCUGCUCCGCUUUCAGCUCCUGAUGAAACUGAAGUCUAUAAAAGCAGAUGAUGAAAUAAUUGCCAAGGAAGGGGUGAGGGCAUUGAGUGUAUCAGAACUACAGUCUGCCUGUAGGGCCCGAGGGAUGAGAUCAUUGGGUCUCACGGAGGAACAACUGCGACAACAGCUCACGGAGUGGCAGGACCUCCACCUGAAGGAGAACGUCCCUCCUUCCCUUUUGCUCCUGUCCCGCACCUUCUACCUGAUAGAUGUGAAGCCCAAGCCUAUUGAGAUACCACUCAGUGGGGAGGCUCCAAAGACUGAUAUUCUUAUGGAACUACCUACUUUCACGGAAUCUAAAGAGAACAUAGUGGAUCUUGCACCUCAACUGAAGGGAACUAAGGAUGAAGACUUUAUACAGCCGCCACCAGUUACAUCAUCACCCAUAACACCAUCAACACCAAUUUCAUUACCUAAAGGAUCCAUCACUUCUUCUAAAGAAGCUACACUCCAGGCCAAAUCACAAAUGACGGCCCAGAACAGCAAGGCUAGUUCAAAAGGAGCAUAAGGACUACUUGAGGAUGGAGCUCACUCUCUCCAGCUUCCGGCCCUCAACAGUGGCAUCUGUAAAGGACCUCCCAGCUAAGACUCUCUGUCUGGCUUCAGAGAGUGGAUCACUCGUUUAGCCCAUGGGGCAGUCCUUUGAGGCCUGGUAACCAUUCCAGGUGAUGUGAGUAGUGAGACCAAGUUCAGACCCCUUAUAAAAAUAUAAUUGCAAAGUCCCAUUUCCUCUGUGCCAUUGUCACCCCCCACCAUGUUGU